AUGGAGUUUGUCAACCAAUGUAUUCCACCAUUGGAUUUUAAUAUUCCAGAAUAUUCAGAUUUAACUCCAAUUUCACUCCGAACACCCCUAUUCUCAAAUAUUAAAUUCAAAUUUCCAAGAAGAACUAAAACAGUACUUAAUCCUUUGAUAUUAAUAGUGAUACUAUGUUUCAUUAUAACUAUCUUCUUGACAAUUUUUUUUAGAUACAAAACGAAUCAUAAUAUUCAAACAUCAUCAGGUAAAGCCAAUGAACAAGUCAAACAAUAUGAUAUCCUUUGGUCGUUUGAAAAUACUGUCAAUGACAUAAACAAUUUGUACCCCGGUUUUCUAAUGAAUAAUCCCUUCUAUAUUGAUGGAUAUGUUGGUAAAGGAUUAUGUUUCAACGGUGUUAAUCAAUAUGUUGAUACAACAGCACCUAUUGACUUUUUAAAUCGUAGUUUUACUGUUGAAGUUUGGGUCUAUUGGAUCGAUCUUUAUAAUUAUACAUUUAAUGGAAUUUUCGGUCAAUGCUCAUGCGAUAAUACUUGUAUUAGUAGAUGUUUGCAUUUAUUGAUACGAGAUAAAUAUGCUUACUUGGGAUUUUAUGAAAAUGAUCUAAAAGGGCAUACAAUUAUCGAAAACAGUACUUGGACUCAUAUCACAUAUGUAUAUGAUUAUAGUCAGUACGGACAACAGGAAGUCUAUGUAAAUGGUUUAUUGGAUGGAAGACGAACAGGGAAAGCGUAUCAAGGUGUAACAAGUAAUAGUGUAAUUGGAAAAUCAUUUGUCAGUGCUGGUGUGGAUUCUGGCCAAUAUUUUACUGGCAUAAUAGAUCAACUCUCAGUCACAUUCGGAAUAAAAACAGCUAAACAAAUAUUAGAUGAUGCUACAUUAUGUGCAUAUUAUAGUUUCGAUCAAGGUUCUCUUGCAGAUUUUGGUCCUAAUGGUUUGAAUGGAACAGCUAUGAAUACCGUGAGUAUCAAAGGUCAUGUUAAUCAGGCUUUGAAAUUCUCAAUGUCAACAUCAUACUUCCAAGCAGCUGGUUUUACAGCAUUAGCUACUUCAAAUAAAGCUUUUUCAAUUGCAUUUUGGAUAAAUCCUCUUCAGAUUGACAAGGGAACCAUAUUAUUUGUAUCGAAUACUGAUGAUUCCUGGUGUUUACCAUUUAUUGGAUUUACUAGCAACGGUACACUUGUUGCACAGAUAAAAUCAGAUCAAAAUACAAUUAUUUCAACUAUGGGACCUACAUUGGAGAAAAAUAUAUGGACACAUAUUGCGAUAACUUACAGUAGAUUCAACGGUCAACGAAUCUACAUCAAUGGUUUUCUGCAUUCAUCUAGUCCUAAGAACAUUUCGUAUAGUGCUAGUGAACAAUCUAAUUAUAUCACUGUUGGUACGUCUUUAGCUUUUCAUUCACAAUGUAAUCAAAGCAAAAUUCAAUCAGGACAAUUUUAUGGUUCUAUUGAUGAACUAAGAAUCUACAGUCGUGAACUUAUCGGAACUGACAUACGCACUUUCAUUAAUAUAUAA